UCCUUUGACAAACUAAUAGCAGUGCUGUCAAAAAGUAAAAUAAACAUUUUGUUGGUUUAUAUUAUUUUAUUUUCAAUGUAAUUCCGUCUAAACUAUACAAAAUAUUCGUAGAUCGGUAAUAAGUUCAAUAUGAUAGUCUGACCGGUGUGACUGUACGGUUCAUUUAUUUACUUGUGGCUUAAAUCAUCUGCCUGGACAAAUUUCAUUGUAUUUGCGAUGUUUAACCCCGAUUUUAAUGACUACCAACUGACUUCGAUAAUCACUGAGAGUUCUGGGGGCGUAGCGGUAGUGUACUCAGCACUUUACAAGCCCAAUAAGCAACAUGUUGCUGUUAAAAGAUACUUCGUUGAUAAUAGCAAGGAAAAUGCUAACCUGAUCCAGCAAGACAUCUUAACCCGCAAAGAACUGCAGCACCAGAACAUUCUUCUAUACUUGACUUCUUUUGUCCAUGGCCGAGAACUGUAUGUAGUGUCUCCUCUGAUGACAUUUGGGUCCUGCCGAGAUGUCUUGGACCGGUACUUCCAUGAGGGCUUGCCGGAACUGGCCUGUGCUAUAAUACUGAGAGAUGUGCUCCUAGCAUUACAAUACUUGCAUAAACAGUUGUACAUACAUAGAAGCGUCCGGGCGUCGCACGUGCUAUUAAGCGACAACGGCAGCGUGCGUCUGUCGGGGCUGCGCAGCGCGGCGCCGCUCGUCCUGCGGGGGCGCCGGCAGCGCCGCUUGCAUACCCUCCCCCCGCCCGACCCCGACAACGCCAACCUCAUGUGGCUUAGCCCGGAGCUGCUGGAGCAGAAUUUGAAAGGAUACGACGAGCGCUCGGACAUCUACUCGCUCGGCGUCCUAUGUUGCGAGCUCGGUAACGGCGCCGUGCCCUUCGCGGAGGUGCCCACCACCCUCAUGUUCACUGAGAAAGUGCGCGGUUCGCGCCCGCAGCUACUCGACUGCUCCACCUUCCCGCAGCCCGCGGCCCACGAGGUCAAAAGUAUGUACAAUACAGACCCCGGCGUGGGCGACAGCGCGGAGUGCGGCGUGGCGCGGCUGCGCGCGCUCUACUCGGCGCGGAAACUGUCCGACGCCUUCCACCACCUCAGCGAGCAGGCGCUGCAGAGGGACCCAGAAAAAAGGCCGUCGGCGGUACAGCUCCUUAACCACCAGUUCUUCAGGCAGAUCCGCAAAACUGACUUCCUGCCUAGCCUCAUCGGCCGCGUCAAGCCCAUCAAACCUGACCAAGAUGACAUGUCCGCUCUUCUUUUACAAGAGAAAAUGUCCGAAAUGGAGAUAGAGAAGACGACGGAAUGGGACUUCUAAGCACAUACUUACUGACAAUACGGAUAUGGGAACAUAGCUCUGCCCCUUAUAAGGCCGAGUCGCAUAUAUGUAUAUCAAUUACUAGUAUAGUAUACAACUCAAAUCAUCUCGUCUGUUGUCAGACGUGAGUAUUGAAAA